AUAUAAGUCUCUUGAAGAAACACCUCUUUCUCCUCUUCUAAACCCUACGCCGAUCGAGCCGUCGUUCCUCCAUAGAAAACAAGUUCCUCAACAAUGGCACCGAAGAAAGGCGUUAAACCUUCCGCAGCUUCCAAGAAGAAACCGGAGAAGGUUGUAAACCCUCUGUUUGAGAAGCGUCCGAAACAGUUCGGAAUUGGAGGAGCAUUGCCUCCAAAGAGGGAUCUACACAGGUACGUUAAAUGGCCCAAGGUUGUUCGCAUUCAGAGGCAGAGGAGAAUCCUCAGGCAGCGAUUGAAGGUUCCACCAGCACUAAACCAGUUCACCAAGACUCUUGACAAGAACCUAGCUACGAACUUGUUCAAGAUGCUUCUCAAAUACAGGCCAGAGGAUAAAGCAGCCAAGAAGGAACGUCUUCUAAAGAAGGCUCAGGCUGAGGCUGAAGGAAAAACUAUUGAGACUAAGAAGCCUAUUGUUGUGAAAUAUGGUCUUAACCAUGUCACUUAUCUCAUUGAACAGAAUAAGGCACAAUUGGUUGUUAUUGCUCAUGAUGUAGACCCAAUUGAGUUGGUUGUCUGGCUUCCAGCUUUGUGCAGGAAGAUGGAGAUUCCCUACUGCAUUGUCAAGGGAAAGUCUCGUUUGGGAGCGAUUGUUCACCAAAAGACUGCAUCUGUUCUUUGCUUGACCACUGUCAAGAAUGAGGACAAGAUGGAAUUCAGCAGAGUAUUGGAAGCUAUCAAGGCCAAUUUCAACGACAAGUUCGAAGAAAACCGUAAGAAAUGGGGUGGUGGUAUUAUGGGUACCAAGUCUCAAGCUAAAACCAAGGCUAAAGAGAAGGUUAUUGCAAAGGAAGUUGCUCAGAGAAUGACUUAAGGAAGGAGAUCAUAUUUACUUGUUGCUGCUAAUUGUUGGAUUUUUGUUUAAAACAUGGUCAGAGUGUUUUUGUUUUUGUUAAAAACAUGCUUGUUGAAUGGAUUUAUGCUGUCAUUUGAAUCA